UAGGUGCUGAGAAUAACACAGAGAGAUGAUCAGAGUGAGCAACUGAAUACAGUGGCUGCUCUUGGGAAGAAUCAGGGUUUGUUGGGAGAUAUAUUUGUGGUGUGUUUCACUGUCAUUUUCCACCUCCGUAUUUAAAUUCCAUAUUCGAACUAUUUAUUUUGAGCAGCAGCUACUCCAAAAAAUGGCAGCAGUGGACAAAGACGUGGCGGAGAAGUUUUUGGACAGCAACCCUGCCUUCGCCAAGGAGUACUACGAUCUCAAAUUCAGGCCGAAGAUCAUCUCAGAUCUCCUGGGGAGCAGACGGUCGGAGGUGGACAUCAGCCAGUUCCACAACCUGACCAGCGUGGAGGAGAGCGAGAUCAUGUUCGACCUGGUGCGGGACCUCCAGGAGAACCUGCAGAUGGAGCGGGCCAUCUUCAACCUCAUGCGCCACCUCAGCUUCAUGAUGCGGGCCGACCGCAUGAGCCUCUUCAUGUACCGCAUGCGGAACGGCACGGCCGAGCUGGCCACGCGCCUCUUCAACGUCCACAAGGACGCCGCGCUCGACGAGUGCCUGGUGCCGCCCGACAGCGAGAUCGUCUACCCGCUGGACACCGGGAUCGUGGGCCACGUGGCCUGCACCAAGAAGACCGUCAACGUGCCCGAUGUGACACAGAAUAGCAACUUCAGCGAUUUUGUGGACACACUCACGGAAUAUCAGACCAAGAAUGUCCUGGCCACGCCCAUCAUGAAUGGAAAAGACAUGGUGGCUGUCAUCAUGGCUGUGAACAAGAUUGGGGGGCCACACUUCACCAAACAGGAUGAGGAGACCCUGAUGAAGUACAUUAAUUUUGCCAAUCUGGUGCUGAGAGUCUUCCACCUCAAUUACCUUCACAACUGUGAGACCAGAAGAGGGCAGGUGCUGCUGUGGUCUGCCAGCAAGGUGUUCGAGGAGCUGACCGACAUCGAGCGACAGUUCCACAAGGCCCUCUACACAGUCAGAGCCUUCCUCAACUGUGAGCGCUAUUCCGUAGGACUCCUGGACAUGACCAAGACAAAGGAAUUCUUUGACCUCUGGCCAGUGUUGAUGGGGGAGGUUCCUCCCUAUGAUGGGCCUAAGACUCCGGAUGGCAGAGAAAUUAUAUUCUACAAAGUAAUCGAUUACAUAUUGCAUGGAAAAGAGGAGAUCAAAGUCAUUCCGAGCCCCCCAGCGGACCACUGGGCCCUGUGCAGCGGCCUGCCCACAUACGUGGCCGAGAAUGGACUGAUUUGCAACAUAAUGAAUGCCGGGCAGGACGAUUUCUUUGAAUUUCAAAAAGGACCUCUGGAGGACUCAGGCUGGACCAUUAAGAAUGUGCUGUCUUUGCCCAUCGUCAACAAGAAAGAAGAGAUUGUGGGCGUGGCCACCUUUUACAACAGGAAGGAUGGGAAGCCCUUUGAUGAGAUGGAUGAAACACUCAUGGAGUCUCUGACACAGUUCCUUGGCUGGUCGGUGCUGAACACGGACACGUAUGAUAAGAUGAAUAAACUGGAAAAUCGCAAGGACAUCUUCCAGGACAUGGUCCUCUAUCAUGUCAAGUGCAGGAAAGAUGAGAUUCAGAACAUCCUGAAUACAAGAGAGUUGUACAACAAGGAGCCUAAUGACUGCGAAGAAGAUGAGCUUGAAGCAAUCUUGGAAGAACAGCUUCCAGAUUCAGAAGAGUCAGAGAUCUUUGAGUUCCAUUUCUGUGACUUUGACUUCACGGAGCUGGACCUGGUCAAGUGCGGAAUUAAGAUGUACUACGAACUGGGCGUAGUGGACAAGUUCCAUAUCCCUAGAGAGACUCUGGUGAGGUUCAUGUACUCCCUCAGCAAGGGCUACAGGAAGAUCACCUACCACAACUGGAGGCAUGGUUUCAACGUGGGGCAGACCAUGUUCACGCUGCUUAUGACAGGCGACCUGAAGCGUUACUACACUGACCUGGAGGCCAUGGCCAUGGUUACUGCCGGUUUCUGCCAUGACAUUGACCACCGAGGAACAAAUAACCUCUAUCAGAUGAAAUCCGGAAACCCCCUGGCAAAACUUCACGGCUCCUCCAUCUUAGAGAGACACCACCUGGAGUUUGGGAAAACACUGCUGAGAGAUGAUGACUUAAACAUUUACCAGAAUCUGAACAGACGACAGCACGAGCAUGUCAUCCAUUUGAUGGACAUCGCCAUCAUUGCAACUGACUUGGCUCUAUAUUUCAAGAAAAGAGCCAUGUUCCAGAAAAUUGUGGACCUGUCCAAAACCUAUGAGGAUUGGGACACCUGGACCAAAUUCAUGAUGCUUGAGACCACCAGAAAGGAGAUAGUCAUGGCCAUGAUGAUGACUGCCUGUGACUUGUCUGCUAUUGCCAAACCCUGGGAGAUCCAGAGCAAGGUGGCGUUGUCCGUAGCGGCGGAGUUCUGGGAACAGGGUGACCUGGAAAGGACCGUGCUGGAGCAACAGCCCAUUCCCAUGAUGGACCGGAACAAAGCGGCUGAACUUCCCAAGCUGCAGUGCGGUUUCAUCGAUUUUGUCUGCGCGUUCGUAUACAAGGAGUUCUCUCGUUUCCAUGUGGAGAUCACCCCCAUGUUAGAGCGUCUGCUGAACAACAGGAAGGAGUGGAACGCACUGAAGGAGGAGUACGAGGCCAAGUUGGCCUCACUGGAGGGGGCCAAGACGCAAAAGGAGGAGCCUGCGGCGACCACGGCCUCCAAGGGGGCGAACCAGGCCCCGAGUCAAUCCCAGUCCAAGACCUGCGUCAUCAACUAGAUGGAAGAACAAGCCAGGGCACUUCAUUAGUCUGAGAACAAGAAGUAUUCUUGCCUCACAAUUGACUUGUCUUUUCCCCAAACAUUUCAUUAGCUUUCUCACUCUUCCUGACCUCCAGAUCUCUUAGGCCAGGCUUCAAUCAGCAAUGAUGAAGCUUAACUUUGUUAUGGAGUGGUUGGUGCAUGAUAGAAAAAAGGAAACCUGCAUCUGAGCACUGAGCAUAAUUAUGAAGUAUUCCUGCAUGUUCAAGAGAUUUGAUGGCAGAUAUUAUUUAUCACUGUACAAUCAUAGUAUGAUAUAAUUUUGUUUCCUGUGUGUUAGAGCCUGUAUUUGAAAUUCAUGGGUUGGAUUUUGUAUAUCUUGCCAUCCCGUAGGUCAUCAGAUAUCAAAUUAUGUGUCUGAUAAUACAGAUUACAGAGAAGUGUUUACAUUUUAGCAAACCUGUCAUUUUUUUCACUGAAUUCUAAAGAUGCAGACAGAAUAAACAUAGGGCAUAAUUCAAUAUGAAAAAUAAAAUGUUUUACUAAAAUGCA